UCUCCUCCCCUUCCUCCUCCUCCUCCGGUCUCGGCGAUGCCGGCGGCCCCGCGCCCGUGGCGGGAGGCGGCCACCCUGCUGCUGGCGGCGCGCCGCCCCCCGGGGCCGCCGGGCUGCGGGCGGGGCCGCUGCGAUUACCAACUGCUGCUGCUGCAGCGCAGCGGCCGCAGCGGCUUCAUGCCCGGCGCGCACGUCUUCCCCGGGGGGCUGGCGGAGCCCGACGACUUCUCCGCGGAGUGGCUGGAGCUGCUGCCGCCGCCGCCGCGGUGCGGGCUCCGCGCGGUGAAGCCGCCGCCCCCCGGCUGCGACCGAGCGCCGCUUUUCUCCGCCGAGCGCGGCUCGGCGCUGCCCGGGGACGUGGCGCUGCGGCUCUGCGCGCUGCGGGAGGCGUUCGAGGAGGCGGGGGUGCUGCUGUCGGUGCCGGAGCGCGGCGCGGAGGCGCUGCCCGAGGCGGAGCUGCGGGAGUGGCGGCGCCGCGUGCGGGAGGAGCCGCGCGGGUUCCUGCAGCUGUGCCGCCGCCUGCGCUGCCGCCCCGACAUCUGGGCGCUGCGCGAGUGGAGCAACUGGCUCACCCCGGCCCGCGGCGCCGGGCAGCGCCGCUACGACACCGCCUUCUACCUGUGCUGCCGGGACCGCCGCCCGCCCCGCGCCCGGCACGACGGCGGCGAGGUGACCGCCUGCCUGUGGUCUUCACCUCCAGAAGCCAUUGAACGCUUUAAAUCUCAAGAGGUACGGUUUCCUCCACCUCAGUUCUAUGAGUUGUGUAGACUGUGCAACUUCUCUUCGCUCCAGGAGUUGGACAAGUUCAGCUAUGAUCGAGCUAUAGAGGGGUGCGAACGCUGGAUGCCUGUGGAGUUAACGGCUUCUGAUGGCAGCAUGCAGCUAUUGCCAGGAGAUGAGUUAUAUCCAGAAGAUCCAGAUUAUACAGGAGAAAAGAACAUGGUCAUAUCAACAGACAAGAAGGUUGAUGAUCUCAUGAAAGAGGGUAGUGUAUUUCAUAGGAUAAUAAUAAGGAACACCAACAAUCUUGCUAUCUAUGUUAAUAUUCAAGCAAAAUAUAAGCAUGUAAAUCCAGUGAUGAUAAACUCUAGUUGUUCAGAAUACAGUAGCAAAUUAUAGUAUUUGUUCUAUUUAAAGCUAGACUGUUUUUAAUUACAUGCACAUUCACUGUGAUU